AUGAUUUUACCACCAUUAAUCAUAGAAGCUCGAUCUGUAAGUUUGAAGAAAUAAGAAAUCAAUCUAAAAUAAGAAAACAUUUUUACUAAUGUUUUUAGUUCAAAUCGAUGUUAACACAUACUAAAUUUAUAAAGGAAAAAAAAAAUGCUAUAAAAUUAGUUACAAAUUGUAAUUGAAAUAUAAUAUAUGAAAGGUGAACAAAUCACAUUUUACAAAUGAUUAACUAUCAGAAAUAUAUUAUUUCAGAAGCAAACUAAAUAAAUAAUUUAAGCUUGAUUGA